UUACACAUUUUAGUUGAGCGUCGAGACCCCCAGUCCCUAAACAAGGCACGAAGACAACACUGAGUUUUCUGCUACCCUGCUCAUCAAAAUCAAUUUGUUGAACACUGCAAAUGAUUUAGAAAUCAGUAAUUUGGUCAGAUGUGUUUUAUGCGUAUUUUCAUUUUGUUUAUCAGCAUCUUAGUUAUUUGAGUCUUGUCCGAGUGCGAUAUGAUGGAAUGAGUCAUGAAUAUUACAUGAAUAUAAACCCAGCCUACUCUGUCCGUAUCCUGUGUCAUCCUGAGUACAAAGUACGUCAACUCGAGAGUCACAGCGUGACAGUGUAACAGUUGUUGCAAGUUUAUAAGGCUUACUUUCUAUGUGUUUUGAAAAGUGGUUUGUAUAGUAUGAUAAACAAAGUAAGCCUAAAGUAAAGAGAAUAAAGAUUUUCAAGCACACAAAAUGGGCAUCAGAGCUAAUGCUGUAUGGGCUGUAUUAGGCCUGCCGUUUAGCCUUCUGUCUGUCUUCUACUACAUCUAUGUGUACUGCUGUAAAGAGAAACUCAUGUUGAAAGACAAAGUGGUCUUCAUCACUGGAGCUUCCUCUGGCCUUGGUGCAGCUUGUGCAGAAGCAUUUUACACUGCAGGGUGCAGGCUGGUCUUAUCUGGUCGCAAUGUGGAGAAGCUUAAUUUGCUGAAAGUUCGAAUGGAAAAAUCAAAAGAGGGUACUGGUUUCCACAGUCCAGCCAUUGUCACUAUGGAUUUGGAGGAUCUUCCAAGCAUUAAAGAGAAAGUCAAGGAGGUUCUGGCAGCUUUUGGUCAUGUGGACAUCCUCAUCAAUAAUGCAGGAAAAAGCUAUAGAGGAGUGGCUCUUCACACCAAGCUGGAAGUGGAUAAAAUGCUGAUGGAUGUGAACUACUUUGCUCAUGUAGAGGUCACGAGAGCCAUUUUGCCUCAGAUGGUGGAAAGAAAGACUGGCCAAAUUGUAGCUAUUGGCAGUGUGCAGAGCAGAAUUGCAAUCCCACAUAGGACUUCUUAUGCAGCUUCCAAACAUGCCAUGCAGGCAUACUUUGAUGUUUUGCGGUCUGAAGUGGCCCAAUAUAAUAUUGGUGUCUCUGUUGUCAACCCUUACUACAUUGCUACAAACCUGUCUACCAACGCAGUCAGUGCUGAUGGAUCAGCUUAUGGAAAACUGGAUGCAAAUACAAAAGCUGGACUACAGCCGGAGUACGUUGCCUCCAAGGUCGUGAGCUGUGUGGUGAACAGGACCAGUGAGCUGACCGUAGCGCCUCCGCACAUCGACCUGGCUAUUGCGCUGAGGGCCAUGAGCCCGUGGCUCUUUUUCAAGAUCAUGGAAAGACGAGCUAAAAAAGAGCAAAGGGAAAUGAACAAGGACAGAUAAUUGUAGAUAAGUCAAAGGUAGAGAAUGUGACGAACAACUAUCCCACACACUCCCUCAACAUUGGCACAAAUUUCCUUUAGCGAAAAAUCAGUGAAAGUUGUGUCAGCAUGGAAAUAUUAAUACUGGAAGUAUUUUGUGUUAUGAAACUGACAUAUUGUGAGUUUUUUUACCUGCUCAAAAAAAAAUUAAAGCUAUUGUGGAGUGACUGUGACACAUGUCGUAUUGUUUAGUAGUAGUACUCAGAGUACCUUGAUGCUCACAUGCUGUAUUCUAUAUAACACAUUAUAUUGAUCUUUGUUCCGUUGAAACACAACUUUUAAUGAUUUUUGUAUUUUCUCAUUUUCUCAAUUACGGUAUUUGCUUUUUUUGUUUUACUUUGAUAAAUGAACACCUCCAGCUUGAGAUCUUGACACCUUAACUAAAUGAAAAUGUUGUCUUUAUAUUGGUGAAUUUAAAAUGUGACCAAGAUUUGCAAAAUGUCUAACGACAUACCGGUACUAGAUUCUAAAGGUUUUUUUUCUCUGAAACUUGAAAGUGUUGAUUAGCUUUAGUCUUGAGUUUGACCUAGCUUGACCUUAUAUUGGUUCUAGGGUCAUUUUUGUUAAAAAGAAGUAACAUGAUCCUAAUUCAAGUACUGUACUGGUAUUCUUGAAAAAUGUUUUUGAAGCUGGCUUUGACAGAUGGCAGAGUGCUUUUGUGACAUUUCCUAAACUUUCAUGUCCAUUUUCUGAAAACCGUGCUUUUGCUCAUUUUCAUUUACAUAAGUCUAAUUUUAUAAUUUUCUAGCCACCUUGCGCCAUAUUUUCACCAUUUGUCAAGGGACUGUGUGCGUUAAGAAAAUGGGAAGAACUCAAGUUUAUGAAAUACAGUGGAAUCAGCUUAAACUGAAAUCUGCCGGACUCGGAUUUUCUCGGUUUAUCCCAUUUUGAUUUGUCAAAUAGUGAUGAUAGAAUAGUCGACAGUGUAGUGCUGGGAAUGCCAAGCUAGUGGCAAAUUUCACUUUUUGAGAGGUUUUUUCACAUCUACCUCCCUUUGUAACUGCAAUUUGAGCUGCAGACUGAACACAUUUAACUUUCUUUUCGCAAUGGUCAGCUCACUGAAUCUGACAGUCACACAGAACAAAUGACAGAGUAGACUGAAAAGUGAGAAAGAAAACCAAAAGGCAAUGAUGUCAUGAAACAUACCAAGUGGCUUUAUGUGCUCAUUUGCAGGGCUUAUGUGAACUAGCUUUGCAGAGAUAACAUGCCAUGAUAAACCAAAGGUGGUGUGACAGAUGUACAUUCGCUGUCCUUGCAUUAGAAGGCCUAAGCACACUAUGUAGACCUAUUGAUGUUUGAAAACGAUGGUAAACAGUAUAUAUAUAUGCUGGCGAUGUUUCUCUGGCCCGCAAUUGACACAUGUGCGCUCUUGUGUCUAUUUCUUCUGUUUUGCUAUUUUGUUGUCUUAAAGUACGUAAGGCUUGAUGAUUUGUGUGACUUGAGGGCUGUUAGUUAAGAUUUAGACAACGAAAUUCUUCUCCGUUUAUAAAUAGCAUUUUGGUUUAUCUUUUCUUACAGACAUAAAGAACAAGAAAAAUCGGGGUUUUAUUUUUCUUUCAGUUUACUGCAAUGUUCAGAUUAGACCUAGAUCUACCUUUUUAAUUUAAGUGGACUCCACUGUAGUUUCAUGAUAUUAAAUUAAACUUUAUGACAUAAUGGGUCGUACAUUUUGACGCCAUGAGUUUCAGCUUUCCUUGGCAGAUUGAAAAAUUACGCAAAUGUGGCCAGUGAAAAAACAGUGUUUAGGAGGAAGUGUUCUACAGUGCCUUUGAUGAGGUGACAAAGGGUUCUGAGGUGACCCACAAAAAUGUUACAGGAAAGAAUGGGAGAAUGUGAAGAAUGACAGAAAGGAGUGAGUGAAUUUUGCUUGACCAGACUUGGUGCUUUACAUUUGUACUGAGUGUCAAGAGCUAGAAGAAUUUUGCUCUUACUAUAUAUAUAAAAAGCCAAUUAUUGUUUGAAUGUGAUUGGACUUCGAAACUCAAACUGUAUAUUUUGUAUGGCUAUGAAAAUCUGUUUUUUAGAAUGCAUUUUAACACUGUCAUGCUACAUGUCCACAUCAGGAGAACCUAAAUGAGUGGGAGUGAUAAAUUUAGAAUUUGAAAGCAAAAGGCAUUGUUGAUGAAUUAUGUCAUGUAGGCCCCUUUGAAAUGAAACUACUAUACACUGUAAUAGCUUUUCAUGAAUAUGGCACCAUCAAAGAAAAAGAUCUCACUAUUGUUGAGAGUACUGUAACCCUCUUCUUUAAAAAAACAAACAAACCCAACAACUGGGUAUCAUUUUAGCCUUAUACUAAAUAAAUGUCUUUCUUGUGUCCCUCAAUCAUAUGGAAAAGGGAAAAGAUAGUCACUGAGGUUUUUGUGAUUCAGUUAUUUUGUUAUAUUGCCUUGAACAAAGUCUAGUGGGCUUGAACAAAGUCUAGUAGGCUUGAACAAAGUCUAGUGGGCUUGAACAAAGUCUAGUAGGCUUGAACAAAGUCUAGUGGGCUUGAACAAAGUCUAGUGGGCUUGAACAAAGUCUAGUGGGCUUGAACAAAGUCUAGUGGGCUUGAACAAAGUCUAGUGGGCUUGAACAAAGUCUAGUGGGCUUGAACAAAGUCUAGUGGGCUUGAACAAAGUCUAGUGGGCUUGAACAAAGUCUAGUGGGCUUGAACAAAGUCUAGUGGGCUUGAACAAAGUCUAGUGGGCUUGAACAAAGUCUAGUGGGCUUGAACAAAGUCUAGUGGGCUUGAACAAAGUCUAGUAGGCUUGAACAAAGUCUAGUAGGCUUGAACAAAGUCUAGUAGGCUUGAACAAAGUCUAGUAGGCUUGAACAAAGUCUAGUAGGCUGUAUACUAUGUGUUGUGGCUGAAGUUAUUAUUUUUUCAUUCAUUUUUGUCUUUGCAUGCAAACAACAAGUUUUUCCAUACUACUAGCAUUACUAACUUGAAUAAAAUGCUUAUUAUGUUGUUUUAUGCAUACAUUGUUGACACCUUCCUCUCACUGUCUCAGAUGCAUACUUUAAAUAUAAAUACUUUAUAGAGGUUCAGACAGAAAGGCAUUCUGUCAGUUUUUACUGCUCCGACUCAGACGUAUGUGUUUCUGUAGAAAAGAAAUGUACACGGGAAAACUCAAAAUCACAGAUAGAUUGCAUAUAUUUUACUACAGUAUAGUCCACUUAUAUCGACAGCUGAUGUAUCGACAUAUGUUCCAAUAACUAAUUUUUUCCUUCAAUAUCUUCACUAAACAAUUUCUCUAUAUAUAGACUUUUUUUCGGCCCACUCUGCUUUAUCGACAUGCUUCCUGGGUACCUGGUGGAGCCCACGAACAUAAAUGGGAGAAAAAGCCACACUAAGGCCAGUAACAGUCAAUGCAUUAUUUCUUCAUUAAGUUUAAGUCUGCAUAUCCGCCAAGUAGCCUAUUGACACACCAGGUUUUUUUAGUAAGUCAUGUAGGGCCUACACAGAGUAGUCUCCAACUCAGUGCAGUGCCUCACAGACGUGAGCUUUUCACUCGCUGGGCAUCACAUCCCUAUCCCCACUCCCGAUUGCUCACUCUUCCCCAUCCCAUUAUCAGUCUGACGCUGGCAAGUGCCAUGGUCCGUGAGUCUGUGCCUCGCAUUUCCAUUUUCCCCAGCAAGCGACCCUAAACAGGCCUAACAAGGAUGCUACAACAAAGUUUACGCUGGUGUGUAGUGUGGCCUCGUGUUGCUCCAACCCCCCCUUAUCUAUGCCUCUUGUUAGUUUGUUAACUGUAUAUUGUGUAAGAAUCAAUGGAAGCAACCAGUUUUAAAAAGUAGUGUGUUUUUUCCUCUUUGGCUUUAUACUUUCAUUUAUCAACAUUUUUAUUUGUAUCAACAUCGAAUCCACUUCCCAAAGCAUGUCGAUAUAAGCAGAUUAUCCCUACCUGAUGUCUCUUUAAUGUUUCACUAGACCUAUCGGUUAAUCUGGAAAAUGGAUGUGUCCAACGCAUUUCUCAAUUCCUGAUGUGUUUGAGGUACACUGCCUGACUGUAUUCUUAGUUGUGGGUAAUUCCACACAAAAUCAUCCCGUUGAACAAAUUUCAAAGUAUGAACUUUGUGGUUGAAGUGUUAGAUUUUCUUGAUAUAAAUAAAUUAAUAGUUAAUGAGUUUCCAUGAUGCUUGGUUCUUGCUGUUAUUGUUUAUUAUUAUUAUAAAUUAUAGAUUAAAUGCCUUUUAUUAACUUAAGCGCAAUGAAAGUUUCAAAAGUACUGUUUUUUGGUUACAUCUUUAAAGUGAAAUUAAUAUUAUAUUGUGCAAGGCUUAUCAUUUGUGUAGCUAUUAUGGAAAAGACAACAAUUUUUAAAAUUCUGAUGAUGAUUAAUGCAUGAGGGAAUACUGGUAUGGUACAUUCAUCGGGAAUUAAUUACUUCUAUCGUCGGAUGAGAGACAGGUGGUAACCAGUACUGGGUAUACAUUUGCAUUUUGGCAAAAAUGCUAAAAAUAAAAAGGAAGCAUUCGAAAUGACAUCAAUCUACCCUGUGAUAUUGUCAUAACUGCAUUUCUGAAUGUGCUUAUGUUCAAGUUUUUUUCUGCAUAAAAGUAAUAAUACACCUUGCCAUAAAAAUCCCAUUUUUCACUCCGCUGGUGAAUGGUAGGGGUAGUAGCAAUAUUGACGUUAAUUAUAAAGUAGGCUACAGCUGCAAGUUGGUGCCAUAAUAUCAUGUUGUAGAGGUUAAUAUUGUCCAACUGCCUUUCUGUGCCUCUGGAUUCUACGUAAAUAAUAUAGGCCUACAGUCGGGCACAGUUAACAUGAACACGGAGACUCGAAAUCACGGACAGUUUGUACAAUUUGCCUUUCCCGACCGAUAUCUCUAUGAUUUUUUGUUAUCUGUUUACUUGAAUUAUGGAUCAUGUAUCAUACAGUACGCGUUUGUCCAUCGCCAACGUGUUUGAGUUAUCCGUGCGUGACUGUAGUCAGGUCUGGUGUGGGUAGAAGAUGAGGGAAUCCCUAAGCUUGGUAUGGUAUUGGAGUUGGAGCUAAAAAAAAAAAUUUGACCUAAAAUGUCCCUCCAGUUCUCUCAUAAACAAGUAAAAUAUACGUAGUAGUUUUUAAUACUAAUCUUCAAAAACUGUACUACUAGUGUACUGCACAAGAAGCACCUGAUAUUUGUUGUUUUUACCCUUUUCCUGCUAAAAGUAAAAGAAACCCUGAAAGUUUUGGCACUUUGUCUUUGUGAAACUUUGACAGUAAUGACAGACAAUGUCAUGUUGAAAUUCAGGGUGUAGGUCUAAACCUAAUUCCCUCCUCUUUAAUGUGAGAUUAAGACACCCACUUUUCCAGAAAAUAUACUUUUUUAAAAAAGUUGACGCUAUGUAAAUCAGAUUUUCACUUUACUUUAUAUAUUUACAUUAGUAGAGAUAGAUUCUAUAUAUAGAAUGCUUAUAAAUAUGUGGUGUAAGAUUCAAUUUUAAAAAAACCUGUUAUAAGUCUAGAUAAUGUUGAAAAAGUCCUGCAGUUUCCAAGAGAAAGAGUAAAAGGAGGAUGUUGUUCCACACAUUGCUAUUCCUACUCACACUGGUUGGAGUCAGUGUAAGUGUAAGAUCAAUGUAUCAUACCGGGGUACUUAUUGUACCGGUAGUUGGUUUGUCUUGCAAAUUAUAAUUUUGCUAUUUUGAAAACUUGUUUGUUUUUAUUUCUGUGCACUUUGACACAGGGCCCAUUGGCGUGAUCGGUUCGGUUCGGGUCGGUUUGGUAGGCGGGGCUAGCCAGUUUAAGGGCGCAAAGCCACCAUUGUUGCACAAACCGAUUGCCCAACUCACGGCUAAAAAACAAACGCGUAUGUCUUCAAGUCUGCCAGUCGGGUGAUCAGCUUGUAAGAGAGAAACGAUCGCCAAUAGGCACUGGGUACUAAAGCUUCAACUAUUACUAUUAUUACCCCAACAGACCUUUAAACUCUCAAUAACCUAGCAUCUGCAUUUGCAGCAGCCCGCGAAUAGCGACCACGAUUUUUGGCAUUUUUUGUUCUGCUAAUCGCGGCCGCGAUUUUUGCAUUUUUCAAAAAAAAGAAAAACCCACGGGAAAUAAACACCGACAAAAAGGAAUUAUCAAACCUCUUUUACUAUUAGAAAGAAAGUUUAUUUUCACUCUCGCUUCACUUCGUCUCUUUGUCACUUGUUGACACCACGUUGAUUUGUUAUUUUCAUGUGAAGAAUAAAAGUACAUUACAUACUAUU